AUGGAGUCAGUUACACAGAAAUUCAAAGGAUUCCUUAGCAGUGCAAUAUCUCCCGCCGUCAAAGACUUUGACUUGAGAGCAUCGAAUGCACAUACAAAGUUCUGGAAGAUUCACGAUGCCACAAAGAAAACAUCGGGUGAAGAGUGUUCAGUGUUUAAACAAUUUGAAAAAGUAUCGAAAUCACAACAGGAAGAGUUGUUUGCAAGUCUGAAAAAAGAGGCACAGAGUCUGAUUCGGUUGAGACAUCCCGCUAUUUUGAAUGUGGUGUCGGCUGCCGAAGAGACAAAGGUGUCAUUGUACUUUGCAACGGAACCGGUCUUGGCAACACUAGCCAAUCUAAUCACCCAGUAUCGUCAACGUUCGAAAUCCAGUCAGGUAUCAAGCGAGGAGUUCAAACAACAUCAUUUCACAUUCGAAGAACUCGAGAUUCAACUCGGUAUCUCACAGGUCCUCGAGGGAGUACACUUCCUAAAUACAACUGCAAAGUUAUUACAUCGUAACAUUUCACCGGAAUCAAUAUUUAUAACUAAAAAUGUAACUAUUAUCACCUCACCAAAGUAUUUCAAUACAAAUAUUUUGAAAUGGAAAAUUGGUGGAUUAGGAUUUUCAUGUUCAAUCGAUAAUAAGGAACCGAUGGCAGGUAUAAGUCAAGACUUUAGAGAGUUUCUCUAUGAGGAACCGACUGCUUUUCUACCAGAGUUUGAUUAUUUGCCACCGGAAUAUAUUCAACAACAUCGUUUCGAGUAUAACAGUGAUCUAUACUCAAUUGGACGAGUUAUCUGUGAGUUGGCGAUGAAUUUGGAUCAAAAGGUGGUUAGUGAUCAGGAGAAUAUAUCGAAACUUGGUGCUUCAGUUGGACAUGCCACACGACUUUCCAACUGUAGGCGAGCCGCCAGUACAAUGCAACGUGAGAGCGACAGUGCAAAAGUAUCGACCAUUCUGCUCGGUGAUUCAUCGAUACGUGGUGACCUCGAUUCAUUCAUCCGGUCAACCUAUUUCACCGAUAUCAAAGUGAAGUCACUCGUCUAUCUUGCCAACAUCAGUCAGAAGGAAGAUGAAUCGAAGCUUCAAUUCUUCAGAGGACUCUUUAGAAUUAUGAAUCAAUUCUCUGAUAGAAUUAAAAUUAGUUAUGUAAAAUUAUCAAAUGAUAGAAUUGUUUAUGUUGUAUUACCAAAUGUAAUUGCUGUUGCUUCUGCCGUUAAGAAGGAGUUAUUCCAUGAACAGAUUGCUCAACCAUUGAUACCGAUUCUCACUAGUAAAGAUCCAAAAGUAGAUGUCUUACAUUGUCUCUUGGAGAAUGUAGAAACAUUUAUUGAGAAAGCAACCAAUGAAUAUAUAAAGAAAUAUUUAUUGCCUGUUGUACUUGGUACAUUAUGUGGACCAACACCAGAGAUUAUUUUCCAAUGUUUACAAGUCUCUACCAAUUUAAUUAAAUUCUUUGAUCCAGAUACUAUAAUUGCUGGCAUGAUACCAAGAUUAACAAAUCUUUGUGUUGCUGGAUUCCCAUUACAUAUUCGUACGAAAUCAAUUCAUUGGUUUUCAUUAUUGGUUCCAAUGUUGGAUAAGAAGCUAAUAGUUGAACAUAUGAUUCCUAGUUUGGAAAAGAUCUUAUCUAUCGAUAAUUCACCACCAAUAUUAGAGGCGUUGGUUAUCACUUAUGAAGCGGUUUCUAAAAAGUUGGGUGGAGAACUACUCGCUCUCAAAGUGUUGCCAGCGUUGAUCCCACUCUCUGCCGAUCGUCACUUGGAUCUGGAGCAAUUCAAAACGAUUAUGAAGGUUGUCAAAGAUGUUUUGAAUACAUACGAGAUGGAGAGAAUCAAUGAACUAAACAAUCUAAAGAGAUUCACAAAGAAUACAAAUGAGGAGAUGAAUCAAUUCAAUAGUGUACUUGGUAGUGGUAGUGGUGCCGCCAACAACCAUUCAUCCAAUCCAUUCGAGGAGAAUCAUAUGGCUACAGCUCAAGCAGCACCACCACAAGAUCUACCAAAGAUUUCAAUUCCUUCCAACUUUUUAUCGGGCUCCUCAAAUAGUGCAUUUAAACAGUCGCCCCUCUCCACUGCACAACAACAAACAAGUCCACAAUUUGGUCAGAAAAUAUCGGGUAGUGGUUCAUUCUUUGAAAGUCCAGAUUUCACUAGCUAUUCAACUGGAAAUACCGCUUCAACACAACCAUCGUCAAUUUCAUUGUCAUCGCCACCACCGACAAUUGCCACCACACCAUUAUAUGUUGAACCAGGUGCAAGUUUAUUAUCAGCAAUUCCUGCUACACCCAUUUACACUUCUGCUUCUGCUUCUUCUUCCUCUUCCAUUUCACCAUCAAAAUCGAACAAUACUAUAAAUAGUAACAUUGGUAGUAGCAGCAACAAUAAUAGCUCAUCUCCAUUCAACUUCAAUCCAACUCCAAAUACAAAUAGAUCGAAUCAAGCACCAAUUUCUUCAAGCAAUAUUGCUGCGCCAAAUUACAGUUAUUCAAGUUCGACUACAACAGCACCAGUAUUGCAACCGACAACAGGUAGCUCCACAGCCAAACCAAAUUAUAACAUUUCGAUAGACAAUGAGCCUGGUCUAAUAAAUCCAUCAGUACCGACAGGAGCCAACUACAAUAUAUCGUUCACAGAUACAUUGCAACCAGUUUCAAACAGUUUCUCCAAUCCCACACCAACACCACAACCUGCACCCACACCACAACCUACAUACAGCUACAAUUCUUCAUUCAAUUCAAUACCAACACCAAUUUCGACUUCUCAACCAUUUGCUUCCUCUACCAUUACUCCUUCUUCAUCAAAUAAUAAUAAUAACAAUAUUAAUUUCUCCAACUUAAAUAUUAGAUCACAACCAAGUUCUAAUCCAUCACCUCUAGCACCUCCACCAUCGAACAACUUUAACUAUGGUAGCUCUGGAAAUAGCAGCAGCAGCAGCAGCACUAAUAACAAUAUAUUUGGAGGUUUAGAUAGCCUUCAAAUGAAUAGUAACUUGAUGUCACAAUCACAAGGUGUGACAAACAAGAGAAUAAGUGGACAAUAUGCUUCCAAUUCCCAAUUCUUACAACAAACCGGUGGAAAUAAUUCUGGUGUUGGAUUUAAUAUGGGUUCAAAUACAUAUAACAGUAAUAACAAUGUAACCAAUCUUAAUGGAUCUGUUGGUUUCAAUAUGAAUAACAAUAACAAUUCAUAUAAUCAAAUGAAUAGUAUGAAUAACAUGAAUAAUAUGAAUAGCAUGAAUAAUAAUAUGAAUAGUAAUAAUAACUUCAACAAUAGAAAUAAUAACAACAAUAACAGUGGAGGUGGAAGUUUAAUUUAA